CGCUCUGAACUACAUUCCGACAAUUGAAUUUAUAGAAAAAAAAAUUUUUAGUUGCGAGAAAAGUAUUGUCUUUUUCAAGAUGUACGAUCUGGCUUUUGUAUUGAUUAAAUCUGUUAUCGAUAGAAAAUACAUUUUAACAAAACCUAUUGUUGCGCUAAACUGCAAGUUUAUCCGGGUUUACUUUCCUGCUUCUAUCAACAAAAAUUUUAUGCUUUUAUCAUGUAUAUCAGUUAUGAAUGAAAUCUCUUAUUCUUGUCUUAUUUCUGUUUUAAAGUUUAGAACUCUAAGCUGAAAUCAAAAUGCUGAUUGAUUACUUCUAUUCAUCUGUGUUCUAGCUGAAAAGAUACAGGAAAGAUUACCUUUUAUUUUACCUUUCCGUGAAUGGCAAUCAAUGAAAUUGUUCCUUCAAUUCAAGAAAUGAAUUUUAAGCUGGAAAUUAGUCAUCCUGACUACUCCGUUAGCAGAAUAUUUACAUUGCAUUUGCAGUCAUUUCAUCAUUAAGGCAAAUGUAGAGUUAAUUUAUUUUCAAUUAUAACUAUUAAAACUGCAAAAACUGUUCAACGUAUCAUGCUAUUAGAGCUAUUUCUUCAGGAUCGAAUUAAUUAUUUGUAUUGUUUAGAACAUCAACUAUAAAUAGCAAUGUAAGUUCCACAAGGAUCGUACUUCAAAAGUUCGAACGAAGGAAAGCAAAGGCAGCCAACUCUUAUCACUAGUAAAGGAAGCGGAAAGGUGUGUCGAAGAUCUCACGUCAUGUGUCCUCAGUGCAGCCACGAGCGGCAGUCUUUCCAUGGCGUUACUCAAGGAAAAAGAGAAACAGCUUUCCUUAUGGAAAAGAAGACAGCAGCUUCUCUGGAAAAUGAAAGCAGGAUUCGAAAAACUAAAAGUUCCUGGACCCCCUGCUUCCGUCUUGUUAGAAGUGGUUGGAACGAAAGCUCUCAAAGUAAAAUUUACUGAAAAUGAAACAGCGAGAGAGCCAGAAACAAUCGCUACCAAAUACAAAGUUGAGUGGAGCGUAAGGCCAGAUUUUCACCCCCUGUCUGGUUCGAGAGAAAUGAUGAAUCUUCAGAAACUGGAAAUGGUUCUCUCAGACCUUAUCCAUGGUGUCCCAUACUAUGUUCGAGUGGCCGCAGGUAAUUCGAAAGGUUAUAGUCAAUACACUGCAGCUACUCCUCCAAGUGCGGCUCCUUCCAGUUGGAUGGAUGUGGAUGGCAAAAAAUCUAGAUCAUUAGGCCGUCUUUGCCAACUGGAUUGCGUGUUUCAUCAAAUUAUAUUUUCCAGACCUCCAUGUUCUUCUGAAAUCAAAGAUCUUGUUUUCACUCACACGCUAGAAACACCUCAACAGCAACGGAGACAAGUUAGGAAGAGUAUCAAAAAUCUUUUUACUCCUACUCCUAAGUUCCAGAAAACUAUGAAAAGAGGGGUAUAUCUUGCCUGCCUUAUGUACACGGACCACAGGGUAUUGGUAACAACGGAAGAUACGUUACCAGUGAUGGAAGUAGAUGAAACUUGUCCAAGCUGUUUAAACAACGACUUUCACUGGUUAAUGAAGGUGGCUUGUACAUGGGAAGAUGCUAAAGCUCUUCGCAUGGAGAUGGAAAAGACGCCCAGUUCUUCCGCCAUCCACUUUAGAAGUAAACUGCUGCAAGCAGCGGAAAUGAUGCAGACUGCCUUAGGAGUUCAAGAUCUCGGUCAGUUUUACUACAAGCCCAUUAAGGAUUCCGACGAUACUACGGUACUAUGUACUGUAAAAUAUGUUCCAGAUGCAAAGACUGUAAACAACUUAUCCCUUAGAUGGGUUCCUCUUGCGAAGUUGCAGCGAAAGUUGAGCAUCAACACUGAAACGUGCCAGGAAGUUUCCACUGUCAAUAGCCUAUUACUGUCAUCGACACAGGCUAUGAUGGCGUACAAUCACGUCAGUCGAAUACCUCUUCCAAAAGGACUUUACGUCGCUUAUGUUAAAAUUAGUAGUUCCGUGGAUCUCAUACGUGUUCUGGUGCCCAAGAAAGCUCCUAAUGUUCUUCCUUACUACAGAGUUCGCGAAAAUCCACAUGUUUCUUGUGAUGAAUGGGGGUGGGUGAAGUCGCAAGGUGGCGAACAAAAGAUAGCAAAUCCAACUGUAGCGCAACUGAAGUUCCAGAAAGCCCUAUCUUCUGCAAUAAGGAAUUUAUUAACACUCUUAGAAGUGCCGUCGGAUCAGGCUGCAGAUCACAGAAUAUGCGACGUUGAGGUGAUAGAGUUAAAUCCAGAAGUGUCGCUCAUACUUCUACUGCCCCCUGUCGACUCUGUUUGCUCAGCACCCGGACAGAAAGAUGACGUCACAGACAGGACAGACUGUGUCCUUCUUCCUUUACAGAUUUUCGAAAUGAUUCACAUGAGUACUUAUCAACAUAUUUUCAUAUCAAGAUACUCUAGAAUUUCUUCAAUUUUGGAAAUGGACACUAUUGUAGCGCAACAUGUGCAUCGCCAGGCAUUUUCUACCACAGAACUCGCCUCUGCUAAAUCAAGACUCAGGCAACUUCAACAAUUCCAAUCUCAAGUGGACAAUACCUGGCGAUCAGUGCGUUGGCUUAUGGACGUCUUAAAUUUUGCGCGAGAAAAACAGCCACCAGGUGGCAUUUUGUUAAGUAAUAUUCUUAUCGAUAUAGCCGAUUCUCCUUCUGCCAGCCCUUCUCAGUCACCUCAUCAUGUGCAACCACUUCAUACGCUUCAAGUACCUACCGAACUGCCUGGUCUAAAAUCUUUCCAUGGCAUGCCUCCUGCAGUGUCUAUUAGGAUUACAGGUUCAACUUCAAGUUUCUCCUUAACAGAUGCAAAUAAUAGUUCAACGGAACCUGCGUUGAACAAUUCAGAGAUGAGACGUUGUGCAUCAACUUCUGGUCUGCUCUUAGUAGCUGGAACCAGUGAUGAUAUUUUAACAGAGGAUUAUGCUAGACAACCUCAACCAUCUACUUUAAUGCUCUUGGACGAUCGAUCUAAAGCUUACAGCACCGAAACAUUGAGUGUAACAUACAAGGUAGAUAGUUGUGCAAGUGGUAGGUAUGACACCACAUCCGCGGCUGCAACUCCAGUCAACGAGGACGAAGAAAGCUCUGAGAAGGGUCAGGUAGACGAAGAUACAUUAUCCCAAGAAGGGAUUGUCAUCAACGUAAUGCCUGAUCAUGGAAGCAAUCAUUCAUUAUCUUCCAACGAGGCUGUACCAGAAAUGGAAGAGUUUGAUGAUGACAUCAGUGAUUACAAGGAGCAACAAAUGGAUGAACUUCUACAAUUGCCCCACGAUGACAGUAGAGAUCACCCGAGUGAAGAUGAAGAUAGCCUUACCGACUGCGGAUUGCAAUUUAGAGUGCUACACAGUGAAAACGAAGAAUUUAGAGUGCUACACAGUGAAAGCGAGGAUGAUUAUGCUUUCAUUAGGGCUAUUCUGGAUUCUGAACUACCUUGCCAAGAAACAGAUAUUGAUUGUUCCGCCGAUGUACUUAAAGUAGCCGUGGAUUAUUCGGACGAAUUACCUCCGGACACGAGUGUCCGACUUCAUAUUAACCCAGAUGCAAGCGCGCGAGAGAUUGUUGAUUCAGUGAUUUGCCAAGUAAACGAAGCUGUGAUGGAAGGGCAGCAGAAAAGUGAAGCAUACAUAAGCGAUCAAAACAUGGGUGAUAUUUGCCUUGUAGUGUCCUUCGACAGUACGGAGCGAUAUCUCAGUGAUUCCUUCCAACCUCUCAAAGUACAGAAUCCUUGGACCAAAGGCAGACUACUUGUAAAACGAAGAACCAAUGUCUGUGCGUCCGGUCUUGGACAGUAACAGCAAAGAGCUUUCUUUUAUUUGACAUUUUACAUUCCCACCAAAGUACUGAAUCUCUCCUCCGAAUCAGAGGGUAGAUUCUCUAUGUGUAAGAUGGCUCUUUAAAUAUCCAUAAGUAAUAUUACACCACAGCUUUCAAAGGUUUCAUACAAUAUUUAUUUUUUCCUGCUGCUAAUCGUUAAGUAUUCUUCGCAGGCUGCUUUACUUCCGAGAUAAGUGUAUACCUAACCCGCACAAUAAUGCUCAUUUUAAAAUAAUAAUGCUAUUCAUUGAAAUACUUUUAAAUUUUCAGAAUCUGUCUUUCACUAGAUGAUUUUUAUAUGGCUUUAAUUCAACUGUUUAGUUUUUUAAGUUUCUAAUUAUGCAGUAAUGAAGUAUUUUGCUACAGCUGACGUACUUCUAUUAUCACGCUGUGCAAAGCAUUACAAACUUUAAAGCCAAAUCGUUUCGCUGUUUAUGUCCGAGACCUUGAAAUUGAUUUUUUUAUAUAAUUUAAUCUCAAUAUUUUUGAAGGCAGUAAUAGCAGAUUCUAAAUGACAACAUAUCACAGAAUUAGAUGUGUUUUAGAACUUAAAAAUGAAAUUUAUGUUAAAGUAUUUAAACUUAUUUUCGUUUUUAUUUAGCUGUAAACUUUUACAUUAGGCUAAGGCUAUGCGAAAUAAAUUUGGUAAAUAUUUAUUUUUUUUCAGACGUUUCGUAAAUGAAUAACUUCAAAAGUCCCAUUAAAUCACUUCUUAAAAUUAUUUCAGGUGGCGUUAAGCUAAACUUAAUUUCAAAAUGCUGAAACCUAAUUAAGAUUUAAAGUAGAAAUAAACUUAUUGUGCAUAUUUCAGCAUGUAAAUUGAAAGUGAAAUACGCCGAUAUAAAAAUUAAAAUUAUUCAAAAAAGCAGCUUGAGACUGACGUAGAUUAUGAAUAAACUUCUAAUGAUUUCGAGGGCUAUCUGACGUGGGUCUAUCUUUUUCAGGAACGACAAAAAUUGAAAAAAAAGUGUUUAUAGUCAUUUGAAAUUUUUUUUAUGUCUGAGUAAGAAGUAUUAAGCCAGAUUCCGUUCAAUAUUAAUAGAAUUUUAUUCAACAUCUACGUCAAUUUAAGGUUGCCUUUUUGCCUAAUUUUUAAUAUUUUUUAACAUAUCAUGGUUUAUUUGAUUUCUUCGUUUCCUCAUAUGAAGAUGUCCCCCAGCCCCUCCGCAAGAUUUCUAUAUUAGUGCUGAAUGUCAGACUUCACUAAAAGAUUGAAAUGGAGUGUUAAUUAUUUUAAUGGAAUAAACGUUGUUAUUUUGGUUCUUAUUAACAAGUGAGAAUAUUAAACUAGCAUGUUAUGGCUUUAUCAGCAUUUAUCAAACAAUCGUGUUCUAUAUGCAGAAAUUAUUUCCAUUUAGAACACUAUUGCUUGGUGCUUUUGGAUAAAUUUUUUAAACGUCUGGCAUACUUUAAAUUAAAUUUUACUAUAAAGUGAAUAACAUUGGCCCAAAAAUAAUGGAAUUCGCUUCUGAGAAUUUUAUGUAAUAUUUGUAAAGUAAAAAUACUAUUUUUAAUAUAUUGACAUUUUCACACUUUUUAAAAUAAUAUGCAUUUGUAAUUUAUUUUAUUUUAUGAUAUUAUACUGCAACGCAAAUGAUUAUUUAUUUAAAAUUGCAAUUGCUUAACUAAAUAUGAAGAAUAAUGUCCACGAAAUAUACUCUUAAUCCUAUUGUUAUUUUACAUCCAUUUUUUGAGAAUGUAUAAGCUAGGUUUGCAUUUUCCAAAUAUUUGGAAAUAAGACUUAUUUUUCUUGCGAGUUUUAGAUUAGAAACCUUUGAAAGCUCAAAAAUAGGUGCUUUUCUAGUAGGUUAACUUAUUAAUUAACAGUUGUAAAUGGUUUUUGUUAUAUGUUUUGUGUUUCGAUUAGUGUUGUCUUGUGCUGUGAAUACUUUUUUCGAAUUGCUGAAAGAAUGUGUAAAUAAUGAUUUGAAUUUUCUUUGGAAGCUGUUACUAUUAUAGAGAUUGUACGGAAGAAUAGAAGAAUAGAAUUAAUCGGUCAAGAAACUUAUAAAUAGCUGUAAAGAUAAAAGUUUGUAGAGUUAUAUUAAUAAAUAGGCUAAAAUUAUGAAGUUAAAUUACCUAUAACAAGAGGAAAAUCUAUCACGAAAUUCGUAGAAUUCGAUACAUCGAAAAAUGCGUGAAUAUUUCUAGAAGGUUGGUAAACAUUACAAAUGAUAAAUAGCAGAUAGUUUAUAAACUUCUUAAAUUACAUUAUCGUAAAUGCAGAUAGUUUCUUAGAUAAGAAAUAUCUAAAAUAAUAUUGCAUUAUUUUUGUAAAAGCUUUUAUACUCCUUUAAUUUGCUAUGCCUCAUAAUUGAAGUAAACGUAUUUGAGAUACCAAAUUUUAUAUCAUAAUUCUAGAAAUUUUGGUAAUCAUCAGAUUAGAUGCGCUGAAAAACUAGAAUAAAAAUUUGCUAUGAAAAUAGAUCUGUUAUAAUUUUUUUCCCUCUAUAAAAUUAGCUAUGUAAUGUUUGUGUAUAUACGUACAAAUCAGUGGUUCUCAGCCAUUUUUACUCUAUGCACCCCUUUUACCAUUGCUAAACGUUCAUUUCUCUUUCCCUCAUUUUGAAAACUCAAAAAAUACAUUUAUUUCACUUUAGAUUACUUUUUAAUGUAUGUCCCGAAUUAAACAAGGAAAAGUAUAAAAAGUGUUGAUAAUUACCAAAACUUGAAUCAAAAUAGUUUUUUAUAUCUAUAAAUUAAAUAGUUAACAGGUAAAUAAAAGGCUGACUGCGUUCUUUCCCACCCCUGAAACAGUAAAAUUCAUUCCCCAGGGGGAAUUCUUCCAUGGUUGAAAACUCCUGAUGUAAAAUAUACUCAGCAAAAUUCCAUUCUCUGAAAUUUAUAUGCAGAUCGGUGCUGCCAUCUAUUGCACAAAUCUUGAAAUGUAAAUAAACGGCAGAAAUUAAAAUUUACAUCUUAAUAAAAGAAAAUAUGAAUCUGACAGUGUUAUAACUUUUUAAAUAAUUCAGAAUAACCUGCAGUAUUAUAAUUUUAUCAUAAACAUGCCCAAUUUCUUUACUGCAAUAUAUUUGAUGUCUUAUUUUUUUUUAUUCUUUUAAAAUUAUUUUGACAUAAUAAAUAUUUAACUGCAUUAAGGUUAUUUUGACAAAACAGUGAAAAUAAAUGAUAUUUCUUAAAUAUUACUGAUGAUAUUAUUAAUAUAAUCGUAGAAAAUAAAUAUUUUUAAAUGGCAAAUCAACUUCGGGAAAUGAUUUUUAAACGAAGUUUUGUAAGUCUAAAAUAUUUAGUAAUACUGCAAAAGGGAAUUAAAUUUAAGAUGAAAACAAAAAACGCAACGAUGGUAGCAAGGGAAAGGACCCAGCAUAUGCUAUAAAGCUGAGAGGAAAUUAUAUGAUAUGAUUGCACUUUAAAAAAAAUGUAAAGAAUGUGAGCUAAGCAAUCAUGUGUUUGAUUGAAAUAAAUUCAUAGCUGCUUUCUCUUAAUAUAGUUUUAAUAACACACAUCUUUUACAAGCGUGCUUAACUGUACCUGGUAAUUUAAGAGUUAUAAAUAGGGAAUUGGCAAAGAAUGUAUUUAUUUCUUUGCUAACCUCAUGUUUCAAUACUUAUAUUAAUUCACAAGAAGGUUAACUGUGAAGUGUCAUUCUUUUAUGAAAUGCUAAAGAUUGCUCAUUAUUUCAUGUGUUUUAUGUCCUUUUAUUACACAUUAACUGUCAUAAUCUAUUAUUGUAUCCUGAAAUUGAAACAUUGAAAUAUGGAAGAUUUUAAAUCUUAAGAGUGGAAGAAACGUUAUUUUUGAAAUGUAUGAAAAAUAAUAAAUAAUGCAAUUUCUGUUUAUGAUACUACUACAUUGCCAUAAAGAAGUCUUCACAAGUGAAGAUGCCAUAUGAAUGCCAUGAACUUCAUGGCUACAAUGCCAUGCAGAAGUCUUCACAAGUGAAUAUUAGCAGCAAGAAACAGGUAUACUUAGGAGAGAUGCUGAGGAGAGAUGUCUAUUAAAAGCUGUAAAAUCCUUUGGUACAUAUUUUAUGUAUAAAAGAAAAAGGAAAAGUGACUGCUAUAUAAUCAUAAUAGACUAAUCGCAGCAGAGUACAGUAUAAUAGAUUUCGGAAACUAUUCUUUUGUGAAACUGUUUAUGCUGUUAUUCUUUCCAUCAGUUUCUCUUCAUUUAAUGCUGUAAUUCCUCCCAUAAUAUAUAUCCCAUUUUAUGCUAUAAUUCCUCCCAUAUACAAAAAAUUGUUAAAAUUUAUGUAGCUUUCAUAUGUAAGUUUUUAAUUCUUCAAAAGUUAAAAGAGACUUAUAAAAGUAAUAUGUACCUCUCUUUAUAGAUAUUAAAGUAAACAAACUGAAAAAAACUUGAGUGAUGGAUCGUUGAAACUCAUGAGAGUAACAAAAAGGAGACUAAGUUUUUUUUGUCCAAAAAAGUGUGUCUUGUGCUGUGAAAAAAAGUGUGUCUUGUACUGUCCAAAAAAGUGUGUCUUGUGCUGUUUGUCCCUGAAGGACUAUAGUUUUCAUUUGCGAUUUUGCUUCGAAUCACUAUAAACGGCCUAUCACUUUUCAAAUUAUUGCCAUCAAAUGUUAAAGUCCUACGUU